UCAUCGCUUAUAUCGAUAAGUGCGAUGAUUAUCUUGCAAGUUCCAACCACUAGCCAGACUGCGACAAACGAACAGGCUAAAAACGAAAAAAGAAAUGAGAAAUAAUUGUUGGUAAAAUUGAGGAGACCAUUUGAAGAACGAAAUACAAUACUAAAGUGCUUGAUAUUUGGUCUGGCUGCCAAUGGUAGAGUUGAGGUCAACGCCAAGAGCCGCAGUUAGCCGUUUGGAAGAUGUGCGCAGCGUUCGCAUUUGCAGCGAUUCAUUGCUGGUCGAUAUAAGGAAAGCAGGCUGCAAAACAAGCCCAGGCCAACAACAAUAACACGCGGAUCAAUCUCAAUGCCUGUGCAGUGAGACCAGGAUAAAUACAUACACACACACACAGACAGCACACACACGCACACAGACAUCCACACAGACACACACACACACAGCAUCAAACGGCAACAACAACUGAACGUUAGCAGCAGCAGCAGCAGGCGAUGGCCGCCGCGUCUCAAAAUGCACUGCAAGCUGCCUAUGUGGACUUUAGCGAGAUUGCGCUGGCCGAGAAAGUCGGCCAUGGAUCAUAUGGUGUUGUCUGCAAAGCAAUGUGGCGUAAUCAGCUGGUGGCCGUCAAGGAGUUCUUUGCCAGCGCCGAGCAGAAGGACAUCGAGAAGGAGGUGAAGCAACUGUCGCGAGUUAAGCACCCCAAUAUUAUUGCAUUGCACGGCAUCUCAUCGUAUCAACAGGCCACAUAUCUAAUCAUGGAGUACGCCGAGGGUGGCUCCUUGCAUAACUUUCUGCAUGGAAAAGUGAAGCCCGCCUACAGCUUGGCCCAUGCGAUGAGUUGGGCACGCCAAUGUGCCGAGGGUGUCGCCUACCUGCAUGGAAUGGCUCCUAAGCCGCUGAUACAUCGCGAUCUGAAGCCGCUCAAUUUGCUGCUGACCAACAAGGGACGCAAUCUGAAGAUUUGUGAUUUUGGCACUGUCGCCGACAAGUCCACCAUGAUGACAAAUAAUCGAGGCAGCGCUGCAUGGAUGGCGCCCGAGGUGUUUGAAGGCUCGAAAUACACGGAGAAGUGCGACAUCUUCAGCUGGGCCAUUGUGCUUUGGGAGGUGUUGUCCCGGAAGCAGCCCUUUAAGGAUAUUGACAAUGCCUACACCAUACAGUGGAAGAUAUACAAAGGUGAACGACCGCCGCUGCUGGACAAUUGCCCCAAGCAUAUUGAGCAACUGAUGACAGCCUGCUGGAAGACGGCACCCGAGGAUCGACCCUCCAUGCAGUAUAUUGUGGGCAAGAUGAAUGAGAUUAUCAAAGACUAUGUGGGCGCCGACAAGGCGCUAGAAUAUUCGUUUGUUAACCAACAAAUUGUGACCAAAGAGAGCGACGGCACGGUGGCCGCGCAAUAUGACAGCUUUAGUCACAGCUCCAGUGACAUGAGCCUUGCAUCCACACAGUUGACACCAACAAAUGUGCGUGGAACUGCGACUGAGAUUGGCACUGGAACUGGAACUGGAACCGGAACUAGGACUGGGACUGGGACUGGCUCCAGUAACACCGAAAAUACCUCAUCUGAAAGAACGCCCACCAAUUCGGGCCAACUUGACAAUAAUGGAGUGUUCCUCAUGAGCAGCAGCAAUCGCUGGGAUGCCAUACCCGAGGAGGAUAGCAGCGAGAGUCAAAAUGCUAGUUUCAAUUUAACAUCAUCGGCCGAGGCGUCCAAACGUUUGGAAACCAUACGCAAUGGAAUGAUACGAAUGGCCAGCAGACCGAUGGAACAGCUUACCCUGGAUGUUGAAGCGAAUGGCUUCGAUUUGAAUCACAGCGAGAGCAGCAGCAGCAGUUUGCAUGCUAAAAGCGAUGGCCGGGAACGGCUGACAGUGACGGAUACGAAGCCGGUGAUCGUGACCAGCAACACCACCACAGACCUCACUAACAACAACAACAACAAUAACAAUAAUAACCACAAUAAUAACAGUAAUAACAACGAUAACAUUACAAAUGGACUGCUCAGCCACGCCCCCAAUGCCAACGCAAACGAGAAGAAUGAUUGCGUCGAUGCGGAAGUGGAUUUAGAUCUGGAUCUAGAUGUGGAUGCGGAUGUAGAUGCCGGCUGUGGUUGCACAGAGCAAUCGUUAGCGGUUCUGUUAGAUCCCGAAUUGCAGCCGGAGCCGCCCAUACCGAACAAUGCCGAGUCGCUGGCAAUCUAUCGUGAUCAUCGCCAUAUGGCCAAGGAGUAUCUCAGCGUGGACACGAACCUGUACUAUGCGCAGGACUUUAAGGAGAAGCUCAUUCUGCAAAUGGAUCAAAUCGAGCGCGCAGAGAAAAAGGAUCUCUUGCGCAAAAUCAAAGAUAGGGAUGGCCUACAAAGUCUGUACAAUAAUCUGCAGCAGCAAUGGGAGAAGCUGCCGGCAUCUCGUCAGGCAAACACUCACUCACGGCUGCAGCAACCUGUCGUCAACAGCAGCAGCAGCAGCAACAUCAACAUCAACAGCAGCAGCAGCAACAACAGCAACAGCCAAGAGUUGACUAGCAGCGACAUUGUGGAGAACGAUGGAUGGGUUGUCAUUGCACCCCAUCAUAAUGCGUAGCUCCCAUCUGAUCCGAUCCGAUCUGAAUAGUGGCUCUGAAUUUUUGUAACCAAUAGCUGUGUACUUCCAUCUAUGUAUUUGUGUAACUUUAUUUUAAUUUGUAAUUCUUAAUUUUGUAUUCGUUUAAGUUGAAUUUUAUUUAUAGUUAUAUAGCCUUUAGAUUUAAGAUUGGAUCUGUUGUUUUAGCGUCGUUUAGUUUUAGCCAAUGUUGCUUGUUUCUGUGUACCUUGUAAGCAUUCUGACACUUGACACUUAAGAUUUAAUUAUUUACUAUACACAUACAUACACACAUAUACAUACAAUAUAUAUAUAUAUAUAUAUAUAUGUAUGUGGCCAUUAUAUACAUACAUAAACACAUGCACAUACACACUUACAUUUGUAUCUAUGUGACAAAAAGACGUUUACCAAAAAUAUAUAAAGUAUCCGCCGUAUCGGUUUGAGCAUUAAAACCGCCCGACCAUGAUGGCAAACCCCAUCAAAAAUUAAAUU